AAAUGAAAUAUUUGUUUUCUUUAAUCUUUUGUUCAAGUGUAUUUUGGCCAAUGAAUGAGCAACUAUUUCUAAAAACGCUGCUUUGAUUGGUUGAUUAUUACUAAUCCAUCAAGUAUUUUGUAAACCAAACAGAACUCUCCAAAAUUACGACGCGAGAGUGGUGUUGAAUGAAGUCUCAUCAAUUUAAAACUUUUGUUAUUUUACAAUGUUAAUUACCAAAUUAAGUGCCUAAAUAUUUUAAGAAUAGUUUAACUAGAGUGUUGUGUUAAAUGCUGUCGAGAUGUCGAAAAACAAAAUCGCCGCUCGAAUCGACAGCCAAAGUAUUGAAGUUAAGACUAAGUUUGAUGCCGAAUUCCGUCGGUUCUCAUUGAAUAGGUCGGAAAAAUUAAAAUAUGAAGACUUCAAAGGAUUAAUAGAGAAACUACACAGACUGCACGAUGUGGCCUUUCUUAUAAGCUAUACAGACCCUCGGGAUGGUGACCUGUUGCCCAUCAACAAUGAUGAUAACCUGGCUAGAGCACUCCUCACAGCGAGACCACUCCUAAGGGUUAUCAUACAAAGAAAAGGGGAUAGUCUCGAAGAGCUGAACGGGUAUGGCACGAUGCGGCCUCGUAACAUCAUCUCGUCGAUACUCAGCGGCACGCCGGCCAAGAACAAAGGGCUCGCAAUAUCUAACCCUCACGACUUUAGAAUGGUAUCAGCAAUCAUAGAUGUAGAUAUAGUGCCAGAGACAUGUAGAAGAGUUAAAUUACUAAAACACGGCUACGAUAGACCAUUAGGAUUCUUUAUAAGAGACGGUACAUCAGUGCGAGUGACACCGAACGGCGUGGAGAGGUCGCCGGGCAUCUUCAUCUCGCGGCUGGUGCCGGGCGGGCUGGCCGAAUCUACCGGCCUGCUCGGCGUCAACGACGAGGUGCUCGAGGUCAACGGCAUCGAUGUCUCCAACAAGACUUUGGACCAGGUGACGGAUAUGAUGGUGGCCAACUCUUCGAACCUGAUAAUAACAGUGCGGCCCGCCAACCAGCGCGCCGGCCCGCCGCCCCCCGACCCGCGCGCCUCACAGCCUCCUAGUGAGACUGAUGACGACAGAUUCGAUCAAGACGAUCACGACGAGAUCGUUGACCUCACGGCGAUCACUCUGGAAGACCAGCCUGAGCCUCACUUCCCUCACAGCAUCCCGAGCAAAGACGACGGGCAGAUCCUACACCUAUAGUACAUACUGGAGCGGUACCGCCGAGCGAGACUGUUGUGAGGUCCUUAAUUGGCAUUUUUUCAAGAAUAUAAUUUAAAUAAUACAGUAAUUAUUUAAACCUACAGGGUAAUUAUGUGUAUCGGUGUAAGAUUCAACAUACAUAGUUUUUUAUCGAUUUUUCGAUAUCGCAAUCAUUGCAACGAAAUUACGUUAGUUGCUAGUAGUUACAACCUAUACUAAUGCCAUUGUACGAAAAAAAAAGGUGAUCGCAAAAACACACGACUAAAGUAAAACUUCUUCCAAAAAUAAAAUAACACAUGAAUGAGAAACUAAAAAAAUAAUAUCAGUGAGUAGCGCCAUCUCUCGUGCCAGACUUGGCUUUACUUCGCAAACUCUUACUAGUUAGUUCACAAAUUAUGCCGUGGCAAUACUAAACAUAUUCGGCGCUGGGUUUACUUGGUUAUGUCGUAGUUUACCAGUGUUGCUACAGAUGGCGCUUUUUAAAUUUAUCUAGAGGACAUUUCGAUUACACUUUACGUAACGCAUUCACCAACGUAAAGAAGUUUUACUUCAGAAUCAAUGAAAAACGAUUUAGUUAUGCGGAUGCUCAUGUUUUUAAUCGAGACACAUAAUUGCCCAUUUAGUAUGCAGAUUCGCGAUUAUCCGGAUUGACAAAUAUCUUUUACAAUCUCUUGUGGUUGCGUUUCAGACUUUAAUAGCUCUCAAAUAGUAUAGUAAUAAUAGUACAAGAUCCGACAUAUGAGAUAUAUACCCUCAUCUAUUAUUUAUUUUGGUUCUAAAUAAAUGAUGGAAGAUAUUCGCAUUGACAUAUUGCAAAAUAAAAAAAAAAAUAGUUGGUUAAUUAAAAAAUACCGUACUCUGGUUACAAAUAUACCCAACAGAAUUUAAAACGUAAAGGUUGCCUGCAUUCACACUGCAAUUGUGGGGUUGCCAGAUAUAAACAAUUGAGUAAUGUUAUUUAUUUACCGUCAUCAGUUACUUAGGUUCGAGUUCACCGACAUUCGUUUAAACAUAAUCAACCGUUUAAAUAAGUUAAACGCCGUUAAGUCCAAAUUUCCUGUUCACCACAGCUCAUAUGCCGGUUAAGGACGUAAAUCGGGCGUUUAUCUUAACCGAGCGUGGCCUAGCCUAUACCUCGGUUAAGACGUCUUUGACAGACAUAAGUGCAGGUUAUGUUUCUGUAACGCUCGCAAGUUUCGCGAAGAUUACUUUCUCAACUACCAAAAUGCAAAGGACCCGUAAACUUAUAAAAGAGUUUAUUUUUCAUUUCAGAAAUAAUUCAUUUUCUCUCAUAAAUAAAUCACUUCUUAGCUUUGAGGUUUUAUGCCACUGGAUGCAGGCAGCUUCGUUUUCGAAACAAAAAAUAUAACAAAAUGACAAUCAUUUAUCAAUUUGACAUGGUACAUAAUAAAUCGGUGUUGCUAAUACGUAUUUUUCUAAAUCCCUACAAAUUGAAGCAGAAACUCCCCAAAUUGGGGAAAGAACAUACCGCAAUUUCCCAUAAAAUCCCCGCCAUUUGGGCAAUUCCUCGCAAGUUAGCAAUGCUGUUAUAGAUAAUAAAUAAAUUGUUCAUAAAUCGUUCACUCGUAGUUCUCCAUCGCUCGGUUUACAAACCAGAGUCAAAAAGCGUCUGGUGAACAGGAAAAAAACGCUCCUUGUUCAAACUAUGUUUAAUAUUUGACGGGCCGGUUCUGCCAUCACCGUUUAUAUGAAAGUCGGUGAACUCGGGUCUAAGUCGUCUAAUAUGUCAAAUAAAAGCUUAUAUUAUGCCCAAUUUAACUCUAUUAAGUUGCCUUUGAUUUAGUUUAUGGUUUCCUAGUUUUUAUGUAAAGGUAACAAUUUAACCUAAGUGCAAUGUAUAUGUGAAUAUUAUCUAUCAUUUAUUUUUCACUAAUAAAUAACAGAUGAGAGUAUAUAUUUCAUAUGCCGGAUCUCAGACAAUAAUAUGUAAAAAUCCGUGUAUUUUGGCAUACAUAAAAUUACCCAUUUUCGAUCUUUUUUCUUUUCUGCAUAAUGUGAGGACAAGUGUUUUAUACUAAUUUUAACAUAUCGCGUGUUAGCGUAACGUGAAAGGUCCUGAAUAAAUAUGUAAUGAAUAAAUUUACUUGGUGCCCUAAUAUCAUAUUGCUGGAAAACUAUUCACCACUAUGUACUUUGACUACUACUUUUGUAGUCGAGAUGUCUAGAGAGUCAGCACGACGCUGUUUCAAAUUUGGCUGUUUGCAGGUCUUGAGAAUUUAUAUAAUCUUACACAUAGUUCAUGUGAAGAUGAAAUCUGUCUAGAGCAUUAUCACAAUCAUCAUCUACGCUAACACUGUUUUUAAGUAAGGUUGGCAAAAUUUUUGGUUGGUAUUUGGUGUUUUUUAAUUACAUAUAUGAAUACAUCCCUUACUUUCGUUUUUUUGUAAAUUAAUAUAUUGGUACCAUGCCAACAAUUUAUUAACCAACCAACCAACAAAUUAUGUCUGUCUCUUAUACAUACUCAUUAAAUAACAGAAACAUUCCUUGAAAGUGAUCUGGUGCAGUGUGCAUUCCAUAUUAGACUUUAUAUCGUGUACAAUAAGGAUGAUAUGUACUUAAAAAAUAUUUAGACAAACUUAGUAAGGUUAUGAGAUGUAUUAAAAGCAAUAAUGGAACUGGUUUUUGCAGUACUAUUUGUCAUUAUUAAAAAUAAAAUUAUGAAAUAAUUAUAGAGAAUAAUUAAACAAAAAAUAAUGAACAUGACAUAAUGUGUUCAAAGGCAUAUCAAUAUAGUUGAGGCAAAAUAACAUUAAAAUACAUAUUUUAUUAUAAUUCAAAAGAACUAUUCAAACUCUUUAAAAAUAAAUAAUACAUAAACAAACGUCAUGAUGAAAACGAUAAAAAUGUGCGUUUUUAGAGAAGCAUUGUAAUUUUAAUUGCAAGCAUUUAAAAAUAACUAACGUACCUAACGUAACUAAAGUAACUUUUUAAAUAUGAUUUGUUUAAAAAAUUGUUUACAAUAAUUAGAUUUUUCUGAUAUGUUUUAUUACUACACGGAGUUGAAGUUUUAUUAUACAAAUUCUCUUUAUUGUUGUUUAUCCAUUACACAACUGUUUGUGUUAAAGUUAUUGUUUCCAUAAUGUUAAACAUUUAGAUCAUGGACAAUAAAAUUAGAUGUAGUAAAAAUGUUUUGUAUUGAAUAGGUGUCGAAUUCCAUCCAUUUUGUUACUAGAAAAUGCAUUUUUAGAAAUUUUCGCUGUAAAAUAUGAACUAAGUAUUUAAAAUAAAUAAAAUGUUCCUAAUGAUAAAUUGUUAUUCCGAUAUAUCCUAUAUGAAUUUGGAAUGAAAUCGGCUUUUGCUAUUUAUAAAAAAAUUCUUUGAUAAUGAGAUUCAUAUUCUUUACCUUAGAUUGAGAAUUUGAGAUUUAGUUCAUGUUUUACUAUUAUUGUGUUUAAAGAUUGAGGAUAAGCAAGAAAAGUAGUUUUAAUAAAUAGAUAUAAUCACUUCCCAUGGAAGGUGCUAUAAGUAUCACCAGUAAAUAUAUUUUUAACUGCAAUUUAAUUAAUACAUUUUAAUUGCAAAAGCAUGUGCAGUAAAUAAAUUUACUAUGAAAUCUAGGUUAUAUUUUUGUGUGAUUUUAAUGGUUUUUACAUUCCAUUUCUAAAGACAUUUUGAACCUUGAAUCUCCAUGUCAGUAGCAGUUGCCAAUAUACAGAAAUAAAUAAUGGUCAUCACACGAACUUGUGAUAUAUAACAUAAUGAACAAUGAAGGGCCUAAAGUCGUGCCUUGCGGUACCCUUUUAUAAAAUAAAGUAAUUAUUGUAAGUAUUAUAUAUUUGUAACAAUUAUGUUAUGCGAACUUUUCAAACACUAUUUUUACUGUCGCAAUUAUAUUUAGGUAAUUGUAGGAAAUAUUCUUUAUAGAAAUUUGAAUGAACUUCUCAGUCAAAGGCUCAUAUUAAAUCUUCUUAAAUACAGUUUUAAUAUCAGCACUCUUUUUAAUUUAAAUAAAAUCACGUUCUAUUAAGAAGAUUAAGAGCAAUUUAAGCUUUCAGGUACCAGUUUUAAGUCUAAUUUUUACACGAGUAUUGUGUCAAUUUUAGAUGUAGAAAAUGAAUUGCGUGCAUUGUCAAAAAAUAUUUUUGACCCUGGAUGCUAUAACUGAGCCAUAGGAGCUUUUAAAUCAAAUUCUUAAAAAACCUACUAUCUAGAAUAUCUGUCUAGAAUUUAGAUCAAAGUAUUUUAGUAAUUGGAGCUUAAUUUAAAUGUUUUAGAUUUUAAGAAAUAUUUAAUGUAACUAAGGGCAUAUACUAAGUAUUUAGUGUAAGGUUAAUAAAUAAUAUUAUAUCUUUGCACAUAUCAAAGAUCAUGUAAUGAAUACGAUUGUAUGAAAAUCAUUCCAUCAGCAUUUAUCGUUGAUUGUUUACAUGGUAUAUAAACUAUCUUCCAAUUAACUAAAUUUUAUGAGAUUUUUCUAGUUUCAGGUUUAGUUUUAUUAUUAUGAACUUCUUAUUUUCAUGAGAUUGUGAGAUAAAAAGAUUUAAAGAUAACAUUGCUUGGAAGAAGCUGAAAUUAAAAAAAUGUAAUAAUGUACAUAGAUAUGGAUUCAGAUGUUUCUUAUGAAUCUAGUGAUAUUUUACACUUUUAUUUGACAUUUAUUUCUAUAAUGUUAAUCAGUUUUUCUUUUUUGAAUGUACUUAACUUUUUUAUUUCACAUAUAUUUUUAGAGUGUCAAUAAUAUUAAUUAUAUUAAUACAUAUUUUUGGCGGUUCAAAAUUUUAUUCAAAAUGCCUUGAUGUCGUCGCAGUCUGUACACUUAACUUUCGUUACGUGCUUUCUUUAAACGCAGCACCAAUUUUAUUUGAUCUAGCUUCAAGAUUGUAAUUCCAAGCAAAAUAGUUAUAUUGUAUUGGUACAUUCGGGGAACAGGUAAGGAGAAUCGUCUUAUAUGGGGGACGUAAGAGUCAAACGUAAGAGAAAAGUUAGUUUUGAAAAGAGAAAAUUUAACCCAUCACAAGAAGUAGCAUUUAUAGAGUCGAGUGGCAGAUAUCCAGAAGUCCAAAAUAAUUAAAAAGUUCCUUGUUAACUUAUCUUUCCAUACCAUCCAUAUUAAGUCUAUAAAAUUUACCUACUCACAAACAGAGCAAUGUGUCACUUUUCAUAUAUUAAGACGGUGCUCCUUAUUUUAACUAUGUUCUUCAUAGUUCUUGGUUUCUCAGUUAAUUUCACAACAUUUCAUGUAGACAGAUAUAGUGUAUUUUUAAAUUAAGCUUGUUCUGUCUACACUAAUUGUAAACUAGUCUGGUGUCACCAGAGCGUUGAUGUUAUAAAUUGAGUGUGUAAUUAAAUUUAUUUCGUACUUUGACGGUAUGCGUCGUAUUUUCUGAUUGGCUCAAAUGUUAUGGUCCAAAAAUGUUAUAGUAAAUGAUUAUAUUAUUAUUAAUACAGUUAUUUACACUCUAGUUUAGUAUACACCUGUGUUGUAUGUAAUUAAAUAUUAUUAUUUUUAGUUCUGA